AUGCCCGCCAAAGGGAGUAAAUCACCCCGAGCUCCAAAGAUUGUCCACCAACUCACAGCCAAGCCUCAGAAGACAAAGACCAGGGAGAAUUACUCUUGUGAGCUCAUCGCAGAAGGAGGAGUCUCUGCUAAGUCUCCAUUCUCAUUCGGCGCGCCCAAGUGUUCCAUAUCCAUCUACACUCAAGUUACAGCUUAUGUGCAGCAACAUAUGGCCAUGAAAGGCAUCAUCAAGGUGGGUCAUUGGAACCCUCUGCCCAUCCACUUCCUAACAGACGCUCCUGAAGCCACGGUGUCUGACAUGCUGUUGGACGUCUACCACAUGGUCACUCUCCACAUACAGUUACAGAGCUUUGCCAAGCUGGAGGAUCUUCCGUCAGAGCAGUGGAACCACGCCACGGUGAGGAAUGCCCUUAAGGAGCUUCUCAAGGAGAUGAACCAGAGCACACUGGCCAAGGAGUGCCCUCUGUCACAGAGUAUGAUUUCCUCGAUAGUAAACAGCUCCUACUAUGCCAAUGUCUCCACUGCCAAAUGCCAGGAGUUUGGACGCUGGUACAAGAAGUAUAAGAAAAUCAAAGGAGACUAUCUGGAGAAGAUGUGGCCAGGAAGAGAACAUUCUGAAAUCAAAGUAGAGAGAGACAGUCUGGCAGACUUCUGUGUCCUGGGCCAGCGUCCCUCUCCCCACCUGGCCAGCCUGGUCCAGCUCAGCCACCUCGGAGGAGGUGGAGGUGCUCUCCUCAAGGGUGGGUCCGGAGACCCCCAAAACCCCUCCCAACCCCCCCAACAACAACCCCAACAACAACACCCCCCCUCGCCCCACGGCCAGCACCACCACAGCCCCCCUCUACGUGGCCAGGUCCCCCCUCCCGGCCCUCCAACCUCCCUUCAGCCUUUCCUCGGCCCAGGCGGGCUUCUCUCCCCCCAGCUCAGCCCUCAGCUGGUUCGACAGCAGCUAGCCAUGGCUCACCUCAUCAACCAGCAGCUAGCUGUUAGCCGCCUGCUAGCCCACCAGCACCCACAGGCCCUCAACCAGCACUUCCUCAACCACCCUCCCAUCCCUCGCCCCUCCAAGGCAGGUGCCCCUGGGGACCCUGGGAACAACCCGUCUGCUGCGGAGGUCUCCUUUGAUAUCUACCAGCACGUCAGGGACGAAUUGAAGAGGGCCAGUGUCUCACAAGCUGUGUUCGCCCGUGUGGCCUUCAACAGAACACAGGGCCUGCUGUCGGAGAUCCUGCGGAAGGAGGAGGACCCUCGAUCUGCCUCUCAGUCCCUCCUGGUCAACCUCAAAGCCAUGCAGAACUUCCUCAACCUCCCUGAGGGGGAUAGAGAUCGUAUUUACCAGGAGGAGCGCGAGCGCAGCAUCAACCCCCCUAUCGGCCUGCCCCCUACCCCUACCUCUAGCCCCGGGGGCCCCCGCCUGUCACAGAAGGUGUGGGAGAGAGGUAUGGACGAACAGCUAACUCCUGACACCUGGGCUUCUAUCUGGAAGAAUAAGACCAAAACCUCUGCGCCCAAGCCGCCAGGACCCAACCCAGACCUGCCCCUGAAGCUGGAGUCUCUGGGCAACAUCACAUCAGGUAUCUAUGAUGAGAUCCAGCAGGAGAUGAAGAGGGCCAAGGUGUCUCAGGCGCUGUUCGCCAAGGUGGCUGCCAACAAGAGCCAGGGCUGGCUGUGUGAGUUGCUGCGGUGGAAGGAGAACCCUAGCCCAGAGAACCGUACUCUGUGGGAGAACCUGUGUACCAUCCGGAGGUUCCUGACCCUGUCCCAGACAGAGAGGGACAUGGUGUAUGAAGAGGAGUCCAGGCACCAUCACAGUGAGAGGGUUCACACUGUACUACACUUGCCCCAAGACCCACAGGCGCUGCACAGACAACCCUCACAGCCCCUGAAUGACCACUCCCCCAUGCACGAGGACCCCAUGCCCGUCCAGGGUAACGACGAAGGGUCACAGAACGUUGAAAGAGGUGGUGGUGGCUGCACGGGCGGCCCAGGAGUCGGUGGUGGCACAGUCGUUAAGAAGCCACGGUCGCGCACUAAGAUCUCUCUAGAAGCCCUGGGCAUCCUGCAGAGCUUCAUCCAGGACGUGGGUCUUUACCCGGACCAGGAAGCCAUCCACACCCUGUCAGCCCAGCUGGACCUGCCCAAACACACCAUCAUCAAGUUCUUCCAGAACCAGCGCUACCAUGUCAAGCACCACGGCCGCCUGAAGGAGCUGGGGGAGGGGGCUGGCGGUGUGGACGUCAGCGAAUACAGAGACGAGGAGCUCCUCUCCAGCUCAGAGGACCCAGAGUCCAGCGAGGACGGUCACGAGGAGAUGUACCCCACUACUGAGAGGGAAGGAGGGUCAGCCCCUGCCCUGGCCCCGGUCCCAGGCCAGCCUUCAGUGACCAGCAUGGGAGCCAUGGAGGAGGGCAAGGAAAAGGGGCAUUCUCAUAGUCUGGGUGGGGGCCGAGCCAGCUCCCUGCCCCCUGGUAGCUCAUCAUCCAGCCCCAGAGAACAGGCUGACUUCCAGAGAUAGAGACCCAGAGACUAGAUGAGACACUGUUAAGAGAUGGGCGGAGAGAGAGAGACACACAAGAGACAG